GAGGUGGCCAGGCUGCGCGCGCGCCUGCUCGAGGAGGCCCAGGGCCGCGGGGUCCUGGAGGAGGCCCCGCGGAGGGAGGCUGCACGUGCACCGGCCGCCGGCGCCCAGGCGCUCUCGGAGGCGUGGCGCUCGCUGGUGGAGAUCCGCCGGCUGCAGGAGGCGCAGCAGGCGCGCGUGGCGGAGCUGCGCGCGGAGCGGGGCCAGCUGCGGGCUUGGCGGUUGCAGCAGUCGGCGUUCGAGCCCCCCGCCCCGAGCCCUGUACCCCUGGCGCCGGCCAGGGUGAUGUCCAAGAGCUAG